AUGCCAUCAGACAACUACAACUUUGCCGAAGUCUUUCAGUCUCUCUUCGUCUCAAAGCAAAAACCGGCCCCAGAAGCCAUCACCGACACCAUGAAAGCCAUCAUCCAGAGCUACCCACCUCUCGGUCAGUAUACGCAGAUCUCAAAUGGGAGUCUUCCUGUCACUGCAAUCCUACAGAUACCUGCUUCACGUGCGGGUGAAUCCUGGGAAGUUGCGGUGUGGCACUCGAGUGACGGAGCCGACUGGAGUGAAACUACUCUUGCUCGCAUCGCCGACGAAGACGCCCCGACGACCUUGCAAGCUGUCCCAGAUGAUGUCCGACGUUUCUUCUAUUCCGCCCCUGUUUCUUUCAAGACAUCGUUCCAGUUCACUCUCAAGUUCCGACACUCGUCAGAUGAGCCAUGGAGAUGGACUCGCGAUGAGCUAGGAGUUGGUGAUGGCACUGUGGUGCUCAACUCAAGACCCAUUCUUGAGACUGUUUCCGAAAGCAUUGAUGACGUGGUGUCUGGUCUGAACCCUGCAUGGAAAGUGAAGUCAAUGAUGAGCCAAUGUCCUGGAACUCGGCUUUGGUCACUUGAAGCUACUAUUGAUGCUGUUGAUGGAGAUGAGUCGAAGUUUGCCGACAUAUCGCUAGGCGUGCCUUGGGGAGGAUUUCUAAGGUGGUUUGCCCUUAUCCGUAUCUGGACGCCCUGGCUGGCUCCUCGCCAUGGAAAAGACUCGUUCCAUCUCGACAAAGACGGCGUCCUCUGCUCAUUUUUGAACUCCGAGGGCAAACAUCUUGUAUUUCUCGCCGUAAGCGGAGGCAACCAUGUUAUGCCCGUGUUCCGCCAUGGCGAGUCUGGGCAAUUGUCUGUUCACGCCCGUAAUGAUAGCACGAAGCCAGAACCUGCUACCAUCUUAGUCGGAACAGGAGACAACUUCGAGAGUGCAAAUGCAUGUGUGAUGUAUCAAGCCAGACAGUACAUCCUUCAGGAGAAGAAGGCCAGUGACGAGCUGUUGGCUGAAAUGAAGGCUAUCGAGGAAGGGGUGAAACCAGAGUGGAUGGAGAAUUGGUACGACGGACUUGGAUACUGCACCUGGAAUGCUCUUGGGCAACGUCUCACAGACGAAAAGGUCUUUGAUGCUGUCGACAAGCUAGCCGAGAAUGACAUCAAAGUCGCUAGUCUCAUCAUUGACGACAACUGGCAGACAAUUGACUACAGAGGUCAUGGCCAGUUUCAGCAUGGUUGGUGCGAGUUUGAAGCCGAGCCGAAGGCUUUCCCUCAAGGCCUAAAGGCUACCGUGGCGCACAUUCGCCAAAAACAUCCGCAUAUCCAGCAUAUUGCUGUGUGGCACGCUCUUCUAGCAGGCUAUUGGGCGGGCAUUUCACCGGAUGGAAAGAUUGCCAAAGAGUACAAGACGAUAGAAGUGAUCCGGGAGGAUGCCGAGCGACGCAACCUGCCCCUCGGGGGCAAGAUGACCGUAGUCGACAAAGACGAUGUCGACAGGUUCUACAACGACUUUUACAAAUUCCUCGUCGACUGUGGCAUCGACGGCGUGAAGACGGACGCCCAGUUCAUGACUGACACCUGGGUCUCGGCCAGCGCACGCCGCGAGCUCAUCGACGCUUACCUAGACGCCUGGACCAUAUCAUCUCUCCGGCACUUCAGCAUCAAGACCAUCUCCUGCAUGUCGCAGACGCCGCAGAUCAUGUUCUACAACCAGAUGCCACGGCACAGGCCGGCGAUCCUAUGCCGCAACUCGGACGACUUCUUCCCCGAAAUCCCAGCCUCCCACCCCUGGCACGUCUGGACGAACGCCCACAACAGUCUGUUCACGCAGCAUCUCAACAUCCUGCCCGACUGGGACAUGUUCCAGACCGUUCACGACUAUUCGGGCUUCCACGCCGCGGCGCGCUGCGUCAGCGGAGGACCCAUCUACAUCACCGACGUCCCCGGGCAGUACGACCUAGACCUCAUCAAGCAGAUGACGGGCCCCACGAUCCGCGGCAAGACCGUCAUCUUCCGGCCCAGCGUCGUCGGCAAGACCAUUGACCCGUACACGGGCUACGACGACGACGGCCUGCUCAAGAUUGGCAGUUACCACGGCGCCGCCGUGACGGGCACCCCGAUCCUCGGCGUCUUCAACAUCUCCGCGCGGCCCCUGACGGAGAUCAUCCCGCUCGCCGCCGCCUUCUCCGGCGUGCUGCCCUCUAUGCGCUACGUCGUCCGCGCGCACUCGUCGGGCAAGGUCAGCAAGCCCGUGUCCUCCGGCUCGACCGCGUCUUCCUUGACGGUGUCGCUGGACGUGCGCGGAUAUGACAUCUUCACCGCCUACCCGCUCUCCGGGUUCGAUAGCGAGACCAGGGGCAAGGUGUGGACCGCCAACUUGGGUCUGGUGGGCAAAAUGACUGGCGCUGCGGUCAUACUCAACAGCGAUUUCAUGCUGCGGCACGAUGGAAAGGUUGAGCUCAAGACUCGUCUCAAAGCGCUGGGUGUUUUUGGACUUUACAUCUCGAAGCUACCAGAGUUGACGAUAGAGGAUGACUUCCUCGUCACCAUCCAGAACUCUGUGAUCCCGGUUCACACGGUGUCCCUCAGCAAGAGCCACGAUUGCGUCCUGGAGAUUGACAUUGAGAAGGCGUGGCAGGAAAUGGGUCUUCACCCUGGUUGGAGCAACGAGGUCGAGAUGACGGUUGUAUUUGCCAUUGAUCACGAGGAGGCCCAGGAAGAGUAG